UCAUGACUCCACAUACUCAGUAGCAUUCAUAUAUAAGCCACAUCACCCUCACCCAUCCACUCUAAGCAUUCCAGACCCAAUCCAUCUCACCACCUACAUAGUACGAUUACACUAUGUACACAACAGACACCCUCCCAACAAGCUUCUGCAUAGCCCAGGCAAUCGGCCUCAGUGGCGCCGCUUGGCUCUCGGGAAACAUAUUCUCUCUAUCCCUAAUGACAAUCCCAGCUCUUCUCCAAUCCCACAAAGAGCACAGGAUCCCCUUAUCAACAAUAACCAAACAAUGGGCCCUCGUCUAUGAAACGGGCAAGAACCGCGCUCCCCCGAUCGCUCUCUUCACCGCCACCACCCUCUUGUAUUUGUCCUGGGAGACGAGAGCACAGAGCACAUUGGCAGCAAUUGCACCACGGGGAGCUACCACGACGUAUGCGAUCGCUGCUGCAUUGACGAUUGCCAUUGUGCCGUGGACUAUUCUGGCUAUGAAGGGUACGAAUGAUGCUUUGAUGGAGAAGGCCAAGGUGGGCGUACAGGAGGAGAAGGAUUCUCAGGAGGGCGAGAGGGUGUUGGGGUUGUUGAACAGGUGGGCGUUGCUUAAUGGUGCGAGGGCUAUGUGGCCUCUCGCUGGGUUUUUGGUGGGUUUGUUGGCGGUUGUGCCUUGAUCAGGAACCAGUUCCAAAGAAAUGCGAGAUUUGGGGAUAGGUUUGGGAUAGGAAAAAUGGGCGUUAAUGGUAAUGUAGGAUAUUUUGUGAAAUGAAUUGAUGUAUAAUAUAUGUAUAGGUUCUGUCAAUGGUG